CCGAACCGCAAAACCCCAGCCCACCCACCCAAAAUUUCGAUAACUCCUCCUCCCCCCCCUCCCCAUUCCCCUCCAAACAUCUUCCAGAACCCGAGGAGGCGGUGGGGAUCGGAGGCGAAGGCGAGAGAUGUCGGCGAAGCUGCGGGUGGAGGAGCUCCGCGCCGAUCUGCAGCGCCGCGGCCUCGACGCCUCCGGCACCAAGCCGGCGCUGGUGCUAAGGCUGGACGCUGCAAUCCGUGAGGAAGGGAAGGUGGCGGCUUCUGCAGCUGAGAUAUGUAAUGUAGAUGGCAUAGACGGUGUGGUCAUGGAUGGCAAAGCGGAAGGCAAGAGCAAAAGGAAGAGGAAAAGGCAUGGUGAAGGUGAAAAUGAGGAGGAAAAUGACAUUUUGGAUGCGGCAAAGCUACAGAGCAUGGGCUAUCGUGAGCUGCAGGCUUUGGCCAAGGCACGGGGGCUCAAUGCUAAUGGAGGCAAGAAGGAUGUUCUACAGAGGUUGCUCUCCAGCCCUGCUACUUCUGUUGUCGAUCGUGGUGUUCAGGACAAGAAGGAAGUAGCACAAGCUGAUGAUGGGAAGGUUGAGGAGUUGAAGAAGAAAAAAAUAGUCACAGAUGUGAUGCUGGAUGCGGCACAGCUACAGGGCAUGGGCUACCGGGAGCUGCAGGCAUUGGCCAAGGCACGAGGACUUGCAGCGAAUGGGAUCAAGAAGGAUGUUAUUGAGAGGUUGCUAUCAACCCCUGCUAAUUCUGUGGCAGUUGCUGAUGGUGGUUUCCAGGACAAGAAGAAACUUGCAAAAGGUGGUGUUGGGGAGGUUGAAGAGGAGGUGAAAAAGGAGAAGAUUGUCAAAGCCACGAAGAAAGGUGCUGCAGUGCUGGAUGAGCACAUCCCUGACGAUAUAAAAAUGACCUAUCAUGUAUUGCAAGUGGGCGACGAGAUUUAUGAUGCCACCUUGAACCAGACUAAUGUUGGAGACAACAAUAAUAAGUACUAUAUCAUUCAAGCUUUAGAAUCUGAUGCUGGUGGAAGCUUCAUGGUUUUCAAUAGAUGGGGGAGAGUAGGGGCACGAGGUCAACAAAAGCUACAUCCCUGUUCAACACGGGACGAAGCAAUAGAUGAGUUUGAGGGAAAGUUUGAGGACAAAACAAAGAACAGUUGGUCUGACCGCAAGAAUUUUGAGCGUUAUGCAAAGAAAUACACAUGGCUUGAAAUGGACUAUGGUGAAGUCGACAAGGAAACAACUCAGGUUCAAAAGAAAGGUUCCAUUACUGAUCAGAUAAAAGAGACAAAGCUUGAAACUCGAACUGCCCAAUUCAUAUCCCUCAUUUGCAAUAUAAGUAUGAUGAAGCAGCAAAUGAUGGAAAUUGGUUAUAAUGCUGAUAAACUUCCCCUUGGAAAGCUAAGCAAAUCUACAAUACUUAAGGGCUAUGAUGUUUUGAAGAGGAUUUCCAAUGUUAUUUCAAGGGCAGACAGAAGACAGCUUGAACAAUUGACUGGGGAAUUCUACACCGUGAUUCCUCAUGACUUUGGUUUUAAAAAGAUGCGUGAAUUCCUUAUCGACACUCCUCAGAAAUUAAAAGCUAAACUGGAAAUGGUUGAAGCCCUUGGGGAGAUUGAAAUUGCAACUAAGCUUCUGGAGGAUGAUUCAAGUGACCAGGAGGAUCCACUGUACGCUCGAUACAAGCAACUUCAUUGUGACUUUACGCCUCUUGAAGUUCAUUCAAAAGAGUACUCUAUGAUAAAAACAUAUCUGACGAAUACACAUGGCAAAACACACUCGGGUUAUACUAUUGACAUAUUACAAAUGUUUAAGGUGUCAAGACAUGGUGAAACAGAGCGGUUUCAGAAGUUUGCUAGUGCAGGAAACAGGAUGCUUUUAUGGCAUGGUUCUCGGCUGUCCAACUGGGCUGGGAUAUUUUCUCAGGGUUUGAGAAUUGCUCCUCCUGAAGCGCCUGUUACUGGCUACAUGUUUGGAAAAGGGGUUUACUUUGCUGAUAUGUUCUCCAAGAGUGCAAACUACUGCUAUGCUUCACAAACAUCUAGAUCUGGGGUGCUGCUUCUAUGUGAGGUUGCACUGGGCGAUAUGAAUGAACUACUAAAUGCGAAAUACGAUGCUGAUAACCUGCCCAAGGGAAAACUAAGUACCAAAGGAGUUGGCCAGAUGGCACCAGCGGAGUCGAAGGUCACUGAGGAUGGCGUUGUUGUUCCACUGGGAAAACCCAAAGAGGAACCUUCAAAGAGGGGUAGCUUGCUGUACAAUGAGUACAUUGUUUACAACGUAGAGCAGAUCAGGAUGCGGUACGUGCUCCAUGUUUCCUUUAACUUCAAGGGAGGACGGUAGACAAGUCAGGCUCGUGGGACCUCCAUCGUAGCAAACCACUUUUGUGUAGGUUGUUAGUGUAGUAGGUGGGUUUUAUCUUCAGGGGUCUCCUUUUUGUUGAGCAAAUGUUUUAAGCCUUUCCUCGCAUUUUAAUGCCGGUUCCAGGCUUCCAGACUCUGAUGGCUGAUGCUGCGUGCAUAUUUAAUGGCAAUCUAUUUUCUCAA